AUGUGUUGGGCCUUUUACGCAGCGCAAGGUUGUGUCAACCCAUUUGACAUCGUGUCCAACUGUGCAGCAACGAACAAGUAUCUCUGGAGCUGCUCCCGAGGCCACCCUCUCCUACCUUACCUCGCCCAUCGCUUUCCUUCCCUCAUGGACAUCACCUCUCACGUCCAGCCACAAGCCUCAGCCCCACCCACUCUUUCAUUCCAAGGUUGCCCUCCUGGCCUACCCUUAUAUGUUGGAGCUCCUCUGGAUCUCUUCAACAGCUCAUGGCGCAAUGGGAUCGCCAGGCGUUUCUUUGAUGAGGAACGUCCCCUUACGGCCCGGGACGCGUUUGCUGGGUUUGAGAUUAUUUUUCACUUCUAUGGGCUGGGUACGCAUACCCAGACACGGGCUGACGAGAAAUUCGUCAAAGAACUGGACAGGAAUCUCUCUGUCUCGUACAACACUCUGAAGUUCCUUCGAUCGGAAGAAAUUCGACUGGAGAAGAUCUACGACGAUUGCGUUCCGUACCUGAGCCGCAAAGAUGCCCGCUUGGCAACUCGACAGAUGAAGCGCCGACAAGUGCCUUGGGACGUAAGGGACCAUAGAUACAACGAGCACGAGGAAGGCUUGACUAUAUUUUGCGUCUACGUCCACAAUACGAUUGUGAACUGGCUCUGCACCCAUCCAGGGAUGCGAGCCCCAAAGAUCAACAUCCUCUUACCUGACUCCGACAGCAAGAAACGUAUGAGUGUCUACGAAGAAAUUGUUCGUAGAAAGGCCCGAGAGCUUGUACCACACAUGGGGUGCCGUCUUCGGAACCUCGGUACGACCGUGGUCAUCUCUCAGCGGGACGAUGCACAAGAAGCCAAGGGAAUUCGACUGAUUAUCGAAGCCCUCGUCGGAGGCAAGUUUGCCGACCUGAUUGACCCCGCCUACAUUGUCGAAGCCAUGUCUGGCUGGCCUGGGGAAGCACGAACGUUUUGUCGUGAGAUGCAUGAGUUCUUGAAUCCCACGUCACCAGAACAAUCGGAGGGAUCUUCAGAGGACGAAGACCAUUCGGCUAGACACAGUGGCGAAUCCUCAAGCACUUCAGAGAGAGCGGCCGAUGGCGAAUACAGAGAGGGCGACAGUGCAGAUGCUCUCAAGGAGUUGGAAACUUGGGGCCAAUGGUCCAAGCCAACCGUUAUGGGACACAACCAAUUCAUGGACCUUUUGUUCCUUUACAACACCUUCAUCGAUGACCUCCCUGAUACUUUGGAUGAGUUUCGAGCAAAGAUUCACAAACUAUUCCCCUACGUCAUAGACACGAAGUUGGUGGCCAUCAAGGACGACACGAUCGAGGGCGAAGACCCAUUGUUGGAUUUACACCAUAGGUUCGAUCGCAACAGAACACAGCCAACCAUCUCUUGGGAUACAGCUUAUGGCUAUGGACGCCGUGGAACAGCCCAUCAGGCAGGCUUCGAUAGUUACAUGACGGCCGUUGUCUUUAUACGAAUCGCUCAUAAACUCCUUCGUGAGAGAAUCACUACGUUCGAGAGCCGACUCGCCUCACACGAGAGAAAAGUGAAGAGAUUGUACGACAGAGAGUGGAUUUCAGCGAUUGGAUACGACCCACGACCUUUGGGGUACUCUAACAACGACACACGGAGAGAAUCCAGCCCCCAGGAAGAGUGCGUGGGUCGAAUCAGGUUCGGUGCGAAAAUAUUUGACUACAUUUACAACCGAAUCCGGAUCGCCCCCCGCAAGACAGUCUACCUUUGACCCGACUAAUAGGUUGAGCUUGCGACGGAGCGUGGUUGGCAUGGAUUGGAGAGUUUGCAGAGUCAACGCGAAAUCGCGCGUUGGGCUGUUGGUGGUGGUGGCAGUUACCUCAUUAACAGGAAGACGCGUUUGCGCGUAGGUCAAUGAGUUUUGCAAUGUCGUUGAGGAC